UGCAUCUACAUUCUUCGUUUCCUCAGGGAUAAAAACAAUCGACCCAUCACUCGCUUUGGGCUCCUUUUCACAAUAACAACUUUUUAAUCAUCGUCAACAAUCAAAAAGCAUUCUAUCCCAUCCCAUCAUCUCAUACGAUCAAUCAAUUCAAACACAACCACCAACUACUACCAUCAUCACCAUGCGUUACACCGUCCUCGCCAUCGCCGCUCUCAGCAGCCUCGCUGCCGCGCAGACUUCCUCUGCCGCCGCCCCAGCUUCCACCGGAGGCUGCGACGCCCAGAACAUUGUCGACGCCUGUAAGGAGGGCAUCCAGAAGCAGAUCGACAACUGCAAAGGAAACGACUGGAUCUGCCUCUGCGACAACUACACCAACCUCGCCACUUGCUACAACAACUGCCCCAAGCUCCCCGAGAAGUUCUCCGUCGACCAACAGGUCAGGAGCUACUGCGACGCUGCCGCUCCUGCUAAGGCCGCUUCUUCGUCCUCUGCCGCUGCCGCUGGAAAGACUGCUCCUCCCAGCUCUGCUGGCUCCUCCACCCCUACCGCUACCAACUCUGAUGCUUGGAGCACCGCUACCGGAACCAAUGCUGCUCAGUCCGCCACCAACAGCCCUGGUGCUGCCGGUGCCUUGAUCGCCCCUGCUGGCGGCGUCAUGGCUCUCCUCAUGGGUGUUGCUGGUCUCUUGUAAGAAGCUCAAGCUGAAGCCAGGGGGAAAAGGAUUGUGUAUGUUUUAGGCGCAGAGAGUUGGGGAAGUUUGGAGAUACCAAAGCCGAGGGAGGUGGAUCAUAAUAAAUGAGGGAGCUGUUUCCCAGGCCUGGGGAACAGGGGGUGUUGAUAGGGUUGUCGUUUCUUGUAAUUGAUAUCAUCUGAAUGGAGCGUUUGUCUGCAUUUCAUAAACCUUCACACAAAACUUGCCUUUCUUUUCCCUGACUUGAUUCGCAUUGGUGAUGAUCCUAUGACUUAAUUGGAUGAUUUGUUUUCGCGUAUAGGGUCGAGUCGCUUCUCCACAAUACUUUGUUUCUCC